AUGAAAAUUAAAAAGACGUCUUCCAAAAACUUGCUCCUUUGUGAGCUCAUCAAACGACUUGAAACAGAUGGAGAAGACCACAUCCCUACACUUGUUCAGAAACUCAUUCGCUGGCCUUAUCCCAGAGGUGAUUUAUUCUAUUGGGUUGCUGUCUUGGACAGAUUUGAUAUCAUCUUGAACAGAAUCUGUACAGACUACAACCUAAAAGAGAUUCAAACAAAGUCCUUUUAUGAACAAGACAAGCAACUCUUAUUAUCUAUUAUUGAAUUAUCUCGCACUUUGUUUGAAAACUGUACAAAUAGAAAUAUUUACAACUCUUAUGAGGCAAGUAAAGAUGAACAAAAGAAGACAAUCUUACCUUCUUUAAUAGCAUAUGUUUAUGUUAUUGAAUACAUUUGA